CGCGCGGGUACCAACAUCAAGUUUGUCGGCGGCAAAAGUGCAAAAGAAUGUGCGUGAUUUCCUAGUGCUUGCAGUUUUGCCAGAGGAGGAAAUGCAUUUCGGAAAUCCAACCAAGUGGACGUCCAAAAUGCUUCAGUGUUUUACAAGUGGGUCAUCAAUCAAGUCUUACGAAAGCACGUGUCAACAGUUGCAAGAGGUGGAUAGUUGCUGCCGGAGGAAAGAGCAGCAUUUCAACUAUAAUAAAACGGGUGAUCAUCUGGAAGUGAGGAGCAUUUUGGUGGAUGCCAUUUCAGUAGCCCGGAACAAGUUUUGCAACCGUGAUGAGGCAGUUUCUGUGACAGUGUUCACACCUCCGCCUUGGCAAUGCAAUGCAGAAUUGACUACCAUAUUUGAGCAAUGUUUGAACCAUUUUGCAGUUCCGUUAAAAGUACCCUUAGAGGAAUUCAGCUUCGUCGAAUGCCACUCCAUCUACUCCAUGAAAGACUGCACAAUUCAACAGAUCCUUAACUGUAGAUCCGCACUGCUGCUUGACGUCUUCAGCGGAUUCCUCCGAAAGCUUACAUCGAGAACGCUCUGCGAUCAGCAGGAAAAUGUCAACGAUAUGUAAUUUAUGUGAAUCUAGCAAACACCUGCUCGUUCAAAUCCCCUUUGAACCACCCCGAAUCAAACAGAUAACCGUAAAUAACCGGCUGACAGAAUGCGUCCAAAGCAUCGCCCCAAUUCGAUUGAAUUAUAUAAUUAACACCCUAGCUUUCCGACCCGCUACUCUCGCAAUUUGAGAAUGGCCAACUGCAAGUCACCCUGACUCUCUCGUAGCGCAAGCGAUAAUCUGCUUCGAAUGAAAUUUUACACCGACGGUAUUUAGCAAGCCACUAAGCCCACCCUCGGGGCAUUGUAACGUGGAAUUAUGACCCGCAAAUUACUCACAGGGACCUCGUUUGACGUCGGCGGACAGUUGUCGCUUUGGCACAUUUGGUCGCACAUCUACGCAACCACCUAUCUGAUGACGGUCGCUUUUUGCAAGCCAUUGAGAAACGGUACCAGAAUCGAAAAUAAAAAUAAACAAUAAAUAAAGUAAGUUGUUGUGCGUGCGUGGUGAGCCCCUCCUCCCGAUCACGCUCUAGAUUGGCCGAAGGAAUCGUGUAACCUCGUCAAACGUAACGGAAAUCAAUAAUCGCCUUCUUCUAUAAAAAAAAAGUAGGUACGCACAUAGAGUAGUGAACCGGUCCAAAACCAGACCAUAGCGGACAUUAAUUUUCAAUGAGAACCUGUUCAAUUUACAACAAAUAACGAAAAAAAACAGAAACAAGUAAAAUCCUGCAAUUCACAAACAGUGUUGGUAACUUUUCAUGAAGUACGAUCCGUAGAUAGGUAAAUUUAAUUCUACUGCAUUAAAUACGUUAAAUAUUGCUGAAUUCAAUGCCAAAACAAGAAAACAAUUUUUAAAAGGGGAGCAAAAAUGUCUUCUACGUUUUUCAAAAAAAACCUAAAAUCCGAAAAAUUC